AUGCAGAGGGCCCCAUUGUCAUCAAGCCAUCAGAAAGCCGCAGCCCCAAUGAACGAGUUGCUGUUUAGGCUGGAGAUCAAAGGCACUCAAUUCACACUCCGGGAAGCGAGCACUCGAGAGGGUCUGGACCUUAGGUGCUGUCGAUCUGAUGAGCUGGCUAUGGGGUACGUAAUGAACUAUCAUCUUGGCGCUCAAUGGCUCUUUCCAGGAGGUGCCAGUCAACGUCUCGGAACGUCUGAUCAGGCGGCUAAACGAGCUCGGAGCCUUCCCCGGCUUCACGGCAUUGCGACACUAACAAAUUACUGGCCAUGUCCUCGGAAUCGGUCCGCAACUCAAUAUCGCUUCUGGACUAGCUCCGGCUCCCGCGUCUCGCUACAUGAACUGGCGAUCGUGGCUGCCGCGGCUUUGAAUGUGUUUCUUUGUCGAUGUCAGAAUCGAUGGCUUUCCGGGAACCUGGAUACCUGGUCAUCGGUUCAUCCUCCUUGGCUUGGAGACUUUGUUCCGCCUGAAGGAAACGGCGCCAGGCCGAAGAAACUAACUGCUCAGGUCCGUGAGACAAUGUGCGUGAUCCCGUCCUUCUUUCUAGAACAAGGUUUCGAGUUUUACUCUUUUCACUUACUGUCUGCUGUACCUACUGUCCCCCUCACUCUUCCCAAAACCAUCAACCCAUUUCUGGUCGUCCCUCAUUACUGUACCCACGUUGGCAGAAUACGACCGAAUACGGGCAUGUAA